UACACCAUAGCGGUGUACACGCCGGCAGGAGGCUCAGCAGGGCUGCACUAGCAGCGCGUUACGUCCGUCUCUACCCGUAGCAGGGAGAUCAGGAGGCGGUCACUGUGGAGACAGGACGCUGCUGGUCAGCGCUAUAGUUACCGGCAUCACACCCCGUCAGCACCCUGUGCCGGGCACGCCCCGGAGCCUGCGAGAGGAGAGCAGCGGACCCUGCUGCUACUGCUGCCGGGACGGCCGGACUCAGCUCCCCCGCCUCCGGGGAUUGUUCCUGUAUUAUCGCCGCCCCCCGCCCUGUGCUGCACGGCCACUCCCCGCUCACAUCCUACCAGUCUGUGGCUGCUGCACACGGGGAGCCGGGGUGACUGCUUGCCCCAUGCCGGCCACUGGAGUCCGGGGCAUGACAGGAGGCUGCGGCAAUGGCCAAUGUCAGGGUAGCUCUGCGGGUGCGACCGCUCUGCAAACGAGAGAAUGCAGAAGGCGCAAGAAUCGUAGUGAAUGUUGAUGAUAAACUAGCAAGGAUUAGAAACCUAAAGCUGGACUAUAAAUCAGAUGGCUGUGGGGACACCAGAGAGCGGCUGAUAGAGUUUGGCUUUGAUUACUGUUACUGGUCUGUAGAUCCUGAGGAUCCAAAAUAUGCGUCUCAGGAAGUGGUUUUCCAAGACCUUGGCACCACCGUUCUUACGGAGGCCAUUAAUGGCUACAAUGUGUGUCUGUUUGCCUAUGGACAGACGGGCUCAGGGAAAACCUACACAAUGAUGGGCACUCCAACCUCUAUCGGAUUAACACCCCGUAUUUGUGAGGGUCUGUUUUCCUAUAAUGAUCAUUCCGCAGGCUCUCCGUCCUCAUGCCGGAUUGAAGUGAGUUUUCUAGAAAUCUAUAAUGAGCGAGUCCGGGACUUGUUGCACCCAUCUGACCAGAAGAAGCCUUAUACUUUGCGCGUGCGGGAACACCCAGAGAAAGGCCCAUAUGUACAAGGAUUGUCGCAGCAUGCAGUUACAGACUAUGGGCAAGUAAUGACUCUCCUGGAAGAAGGGAUGGAAAACAGAAUAACCGCAGCCACCCAUGUCCAUGAUGCAAGUAGCCGGUCUCAUGCCAUCUUCACUAUCCAGUACACACAGGCUAUGCUGGAAGACAAUUUACCAUCAGAAAUGACCAGCAAAAUUAACUUGGUUGACUUGGCAGGCAGUGAAAGAGCUUCUCCAAAUUACUGCAAAGACCGUCUGACGGAAGGAUCGAACAUCAACAGGUCCUUAGUGACCCUGGGCAUUGUCAUCUCUGCGUUAGCACAGAAUUCCCAAAUGACCAGCAGCUGCCAGAGUAUCAAUAGCAUCGUCAGCGAGGGGGACAGUGGUGUCCCAAGCAGCCCAUCUGGAAGCAGUGGGAGCGGAUCUAAGCGUCACCCAUACGUGCCCUACAGAGACUCCAUUCUGACCUGGCUAUUAAAGGACAGUCUUGGAGGCAACUCGAAAACCAUCAUGAUCGCCACUGUGUCUCCGGCAAGCAGCAGCUACAACGAGACCAUGAGCACCCUGCGGUACGCCUCAAACGCCAAAAACAUCAUAAAUAAGCCCAGAGUGAAUGAGGAUGCCAAUGUUAAACUGAUCCGUGAGCUAAGGGAAGAAAUUAACAGAUUGAAAGCCAUGUUACGGAACUUUGAAAUGUCUUUGCAGAGAACCAUUAGCCCUUCAUUCGGUGAAGAAAGAGAUGGGAACCUAACAGAGUUGGUGCUACAGAAUGAAUUAAAGAUUGAGCAGCUCACCAAAGAUUGGACGGACAAGUGGACGGAUAAAGCAGCCCUUGUUGAAGAAUACAAUGUGGAUAUCAACAAGGGUAAAACGGGAGUGACGAUAGACUCCAGCUUGCCCCAUCUCAUUGCCAUGGACGAUGACCUACUAAGCACUGGAGUGGUGAUUUAUCACCUUAGGGAAGGAGCAACGAACAUUGGCAGAGGGGAUCAUGAUAUAGUGUUGCAGGGUGAGUGCAUUGAGCAGGAUCACUGUGUAAUUGAGAAAAACUGUGGGGUUGUGGAGCUGCGGUCAGACCCAGGAGCGCUGUGCACAGUGAACGGCCAGGAAGUCACGGAAGUCUGCCGUCUGUCACAAGGAGCUGUCAUUGUUUUAGGAAAGUUUCACAGAUUUCGAUUCAACCACCCAGCAGAGGCCGCUGUACUGAGGCAAAUGCGAUCUGACAGUCAGGCCUCCUCUGUAAGUGACAACUCCCUGGACUGGCUGGACCUGUCUGCAGAUAUCUCCUCUUCUUCUAAUGGGAACUCCCUCAUCUUAAACUCAAGUAAUACAGAGCCUCUGUCUGAGGAAUACCAGCAAAGGCUGAGAGACCUGCAAGCCUCAUAUCAGCAGCAAGUGGAUGAACAGCAGCAAUAUGUGGAGGACCUGAAAAGGCAGAUCCAGUCAGCACAAGUGAAGGGAGAAGAGGAACUGGAGAACGAGCAGUCUCUAAUUAACCAGCAGAUUCAAGAAACUCAGCAGUGGCUUGAAAAAGAGAAGCAGCGUCUAACUGCUGUCUGUGGACAGAGGCGAGAAUCGGCAGCUCAAACCGAGACCAAGACUUAUGCGGAAGCCGAGGUUCAGAACUCUGUACAAAUUGACUCCGACCCAUCACCUGAGGAACAAGAUAGGAAGAAGCUGGUGCAACUCGAGCUACUGCGCAAAUGCUCCUUACGAAGGGCUGAGCGAAACAUCAGGAGGAAAAGGGUCAAGUUUCAGCUGGAGAGAAUUGUCAAGAAGCAAAAACUCUUAGAAGCCAAGAAAACUCUCCAGCAGCUGCAGGCAGCGUGUUGGCAUAGCGAUGACACCGUGAGGCCACCGACUCUCCGUGUACCCAAGGUUAAAGAGCCUUUGGUGUUUUCCACAGCACUUCACAGAUGUAGGUCUUCUCCUUCUGGCUUCUCACACUACAGGAGAUGCUCUCUGCCUUGGACGUUACCAACACCUCCUACUUACAGUGGUGUCCUGAAAAGGAAAUGUAAAUCUGAGCUGGUGCACAUCUCUAAGAUCCGCAAGGACUGCAAGCCAUUACGAAGUGUAUCCAUAGAUUGUCUUGCCAGGACUUCUUGUAAUUAUGGCAGCUAUGGGCAGUUAAUCAGUGAUCCAUCCAUUAUAUCUACUUCAAGUCCACAAACUGCUGAGAAACAAAGCGUUGACUCUCAUACAGAACAAAUCAAUAGCUGCGUUACACUGUUUCCAAGUGAUCCAGAAAUGAGCAAAACACGCCAAAAAAUGGAAAAAGCUGGUGGUAGACCAAAAGGGUCUUCCAGUAACAGCUCUGCUGAUCCCCCAAAGAGAAGAAAUGUACAGGCAACUGUAAAUACAGGAAGCAAGGACACAAAGUUAAAAGCAUUGAAAAGUCCUUCUCUAACGUCUGUUGUGGACUCUAAAAAGAGCACAGUGCAGGAAAGGAGCAAAUUGCAGCAACGGAAUGAAGGUGGAAAAUCUCUACCACAUAAGCCUACAAAGAAUACUCAAAAGUUACUGGGUCAAGGAAGGACCACUUCUGGAGAAUCAUUGGCAACCAUCAAAACGGCAAGGCGCAACAUUACGUCAUGCAUGCCAAGUACUCAAAAGAAACAGACUGAGGGAACAAAUAAGUUCUCAUCUGUUGAUAACAUCUCCAAGUUAAACAGUGGCCGUGGACAUGGAUAUGCAAGUGAUAGCAGGUGGGUGAGCACAGAAAGACUACAGAAAAGAAACAUUCAACCACUGGAGAAGUGGAAGGAUGAUGACAAUAGUGUGUCCUCAGAUAGUGAAAGUUUCUAUUCUGUAGAUUCUCUUUCUUCUGCAUAUGCCAGCGUCUUAACUGAACAACUGAAACAGGAAGAUUUAGAAAGACAAAGAUCUUCAGUGCGUAAGGGUUCAGACAGUGAAGACAGCCAGUUGUCCGAAGAUUCCCUGGUGGAGAGAGACAGUCGAAAAGAGAGGCCCAAUAAAAGAAGAUUUAACAAAUACAAGACUAUCGGGACAUCAUCCAGUCCAUCCAAAGGCUUGCUGGGAGCUCAAACCUCUUGUCCCUUAGUUACAACUGGAUCAGUUACUACUGGAUUGUCAAAAAGCUUUUCUCUUGAUAGUUUAGCUGAUGCUGAAGAAGAACCUGACGGGGAUUCAUCAGAAGAGCUGCCAGCAGAGAUAUUCUGGAAACUUCAAAGCCCCAGAUGUUUGGUCUUGAGUGGAGAAGAUCAGAAAGUUUUAGAUGUUGCAUCAGCAGAAGAAAAUCCUGGUUUGGACAGAAGUGGUUCAUUUUACCUUAAGAUGAAUGAUGGGGCUUCCACUGUUCACAGUGAUGUCUCACAAGUUGGAAAAACACAUGGAACACUUUCAGAUAUUUGUGGCGGAAAAACUGAACAAAACCACAACGACUCUUUUAUUCUUCAUAGUCCAUGCGCUCCAUUUGGCAUAGCAAGUCAAAACUGCAGUCCAGAGCAAACGGUGAAUAUUCUACAUGGGGAUUCUUUCUCUCUUUCUACUUUAAAGUUUGCUCCAAAAAUAGAUUCUUCCGGCAGAGAAGAUGUUAUGAAGCAGCUAGUCACUAAAGAUAGUUCUGCAAAAAUCGAACAUCCAACAUUCCCAGCUUUAAAUGCACAAACCGCUCAAGAUACCAAACCAUGUGAAGAACAAGUAAAACUGUGCAAUGUUGUAGAAGAUGAAAUAAAUACUAAUGAUAACAGAGCAAUUCCCAACCAGAAACCAGAACAAACACCUACCUCAUUGAUUUCUGAAAAACAGGAAAAUGUUAAUGAAUUCCAUAGUACUGCAGCCAAUUCUAUGAUCAAGCAUAAUCCGUUAGAUAACACAAGCUCCAAUGUAAAAGCUUUUUUAGAAAAUAAAGUAGAUCAGGAAAAACCACAGAGGUCUAGCCCUGACAUUGACAAUGGGACUGAAGCUUUGGAUUUGGAGUCCAUUCAUAAUGGCAAGAGCAGCUGCUUUAGUAGCCAAUCAUCAUCCGUAGACUUGAGUACGUGUGAGAAGACAAUAUCUACUUCAGAGAAAAAUAGUGAUCCAGCAACCUGUGUAGAACAGCAGUUUCCCUGUAAGAUCCAAAGCCAGGAAAAGGAGGAAGGCACAGAAGCCUUGUUAUUCCCAUCAUAUGAUAAAAUUGUUUAUACACCAUCAAACUCUGUGAGUGCAAACAAUCCCACCGGCUCAGAAGCUCUAAGAAAUGCUAAUAAUAAUGACCUACAAUUCUGCUUAAAUAAGAUGUCUGAUAUUCCCCUUUUUAAUGCAAAAGAAACCUGUGAAACUAAAGAGGGGUUAAUUUUGACUUUGACCAAGGAUAAUGGUGACGUACCCUACAUUAAUGAUAGAACUGCAAAAAACUGUGAUCAAAAUAAAAAUGUUACCAUGGCAAUAUCUGCUCAUGGGCAGCUUGACAUGAUAAAGAGCCAGAAACAAUCUCCAUCUUCCACUUGUCCAGAAUCUACCAGUUCUGAACUUUUAGUGGGAAUGGCUCUACAUAGUGACUCAGUCUCCCCCAAAAUUAUUGGAUUUAUGAGUCCAUUGAAAGUUGAUGAUCAACAAAUAAAUUCUGAUUUUAAAACCACUAAAUUGUUAUCACAAACCCAAGUGACUAUGGUAGAACUCGAUGUAAAUGACAAUGAGGACUGCAAAACUGAAACUCAACCAAGUCUUGUAUUUAAUGCAAACCAUGUCUUUAACCAUGAUAACAGAGCUGUCCCCAUCCAAAGACCAACAGGUGAUGGACUUGGAAACAUUCCAAGUGCUGAGAAUGCUGAUAGUUCAGUAACUGCUAUCAACAAACAAUUAUCCGUAGUGGAAGAGAAGAGCCUGGCUGUGUUUGCUGAUCAGAGCGAAGCAGAUAAUUGUGCUUCCCCAAUCCAGGACAAUUUUGAACAUAAAAGAAAGCUUACAAUUUCAUCUUUUCCAGCUUCCAAUUACAGCAAUGUCAAAGAUCGCCCUUCGGUUUCUGGACGGCAUUGGUCUGGCCAUGGCAAUGAGGAUUCCGAAACACAUGCUCAUUCCAGUCAAUUACACCAUUCGCCGUUCCAAACAUCACCUGAAAUAACCGUGGAUGGCAUCUGCAGUUCUUCAACGUCUGUUGUCACUGACAGCAUCACAAGGAACUCUGAACAAAUACUGACAAGUUCAAACCAAGUGAUGAAUCAUAAUGGGGCAGCAGCAUACAGUGAUAAUCCAUUUAAAGAAAAUGACGAAGACCAGCAUUUUAGUGUAAGAAAUGGUAACAUUUCACGGAACUCAGAUAAAAAUUGUUAUAUGUCUAAACUUGUUGCCACCAGUCCUACUCCUGAUAUAACCGGUGACGUGGCAGGUAAUACAGUGAAAAGUUGUCUCCAACCAAAUUUUAGAACAAAGCCAGAAGUUUAUGAUACAACUUAUGAUACUUCAUAUAUAAAAUAUCUAAAACAGAUAGAGAGCACCUCAAUGGGUCCUUCUAAAGAUGGUAUAGAGCAGCUACCUAGAUUAGAUGAUGAUAAUCCCUGUGUUACACCAUAUAGUGUGUCUGGUGAGGGGGAGGAACAACAGGCUUUCUGUGAAGAUAAAAUAACAUUACCAGAAGACAGAGUACUAAUCAGCAGUGACACGGGAUCAGAAACCUCUUGCUUUAGUCAUAGAAUGGAAGAAUUUCCUCAUAAUCAGAGUACAACCGAAACAUUCAUAAACUCAGAGUAUAGUAAUGAUGAAAACCCAAAUGAGUGUCUUUCCAAUACACAAACUGAGGGAACAUCCGAUUCAUAUGGAACAAGUCAGGCAGACAGAGCACAAAGUGCUUUACUUACAUCCAAUCACGUGUUCCCUAACAGUGAGCUUGAUAAACAAUGCUGCAGCUUCUCUGAAAUCAAUGUUACUGCAGAUAGUGUUCCACCAUUGUGUAAGGAGUGUCAUUGUGAGAAGGCAAACUGCCAAAUUCACCCUGAUAACAAUCAGAAACCUCAGGUUUUGAAUGAAUUAAUGGGGGAAAAUAAUGUGUCCAAAAUAGAGGACUCAUCUCAGGCAAAUGAGAAGAUAUCUAUAAAACAUUUAAGCCGGAAGAACACUUAUGACCAACCAGGUGUUGCAGAAAUGAGCUAUGAAAAGGAUAUCAGCCACACCAAGGAUUCUGCAGCUUCCAAAGCCUGUGGCUAUAGUCGGAAACAUUUCACCGGUUCACGUAUUAUCGGAAUUAGACAGCAAGGUGACACGGAUGACGUUUCAUAUACUGAUGUAAACCAUAACCUGCAAGAAAAGUGUGACUGUCACCAUUUAACAGAAGAUACUAGUGCUACAUGCCUGCAUGUUCCAUAUUAUGAAGCUAUAAUGCAACAUAAUGUAUUUUAUGAGACCAAAUAUCCACCUGAAAAUCUUUAUUUAAAUACACAUUCCAAGAAUAAAGAAAGUUCAAAUACCAUAUUAAUUCCAGAACCAUCGGGCUUGAACACAUUACAAGAAACUGAUAUGCAUGCAGAGAGUGACUGUGCGGAGCAUUACAAAUUACACUGUUCCAGAACUCUGGACCGUAAAACAGGACAAACGUUUGUUAAACCAGAAAAAGAAGCUAGCGUUCCAUCUAGAACAGUAGUUUGUAUAACUGACCGUCCAUGUGCGGUAACUAACUCCAGUGCUUCGUCUGCAACUAAAGUGGCAAAACCUAAACAAGGCGUCGCCCAACAAGUUACAUAUUCAGCUACAGGACUGGAUAGCAUGACCUGUUCUUGCAAUGUUACAGGUAAAUCUGAGAAAGCAGAUGAGCAAGUGGGUCAUGAACAGCACCUUAAUGAGAUAGCAGGAGAAAACUUUUUACUGGAAAACAACCAGAACCAACCAAAUAUAAACAUUCAUAGGAGUUGUGAAAAUGCAUUUGCAAUGAAUACAACUGAAGACAUAACAGUCAGAACUAGUGUCUGUACACAAAAGUCAGAGUCUACUUCUUGUCAGUCUGAAGCCGACUAUGCUACUUCAGAUUCUAAAUCUAUGAAUAAUUUGCUGAAUGCUACAUUAUGUGAUACUGCUCCUUACUGUACACAAUCUGGCAAUGUGCAAGAGGUGACCAGUGAACCUCCCAAGAUAGGUCACUUCCAAGCUAAUGAAGAUAAUAAGGGUGUACUGGCAGCCCUGUGUGCAGACACAGAAUCACGUGAAGUGCUGUUUGUAGGUAGGCCAUAUUGUGCAGCCAACAUGGAAGCUAAAAGGUUUACUGAUUAUCAGGCAUCUUGUCAAAGACCACCUGAAGACGCUGCAACUGGUGAGGAGGAAACUUUAGAACACAACGUGGGCAGCAAAAGUGAAGUAUCACAUUUCAUAAGAAGUAGAAGUGAAUUGGAACAGCUUAUAGAUAAAAAUACUCCUCUGCCAGCUGAUGUGUUUGAUACCAGCACAGUAAGAUAUGGUGCAGAACCAAAUAAUCCAUCUGUAGCACAGAGUGACAUUGGUUUUGAUGAGGACAAUAACUUGUUGACUACAGUGGUCUAUGGAGAAUAUUGUUCAGAUCUGAACAAAUCACCUGAAAUUUCCUCAUCUGAAGAGGACACAGAAAAAUCCAGAUCUUUGGCUUCAAGAGACUUCAGCGGUGUGAAUAACACAUCAGUGGAAGACCUGGGAAUACAGAAAGAAUGUAAAUCAGACUUUCAUAUGGGUAUCCGCAAUAAAACGGUUCAUGAUGUUCCACAAGCUGCAAUUUGCAAAGGUGAAAUGUCUGCAAGCCUUACGUGCACUAACACUCAUUACACCACGGCCCCUAGCAACUUACCUGCUCCCAUGGCUGCUGCUGAGUUGCAUUUGACAGAAUCUUCCAUUAUUCUUUCUACCAAAUCACUUUCUAAACCCAGUGUUGAAGCUUUGCCACAUAAAUUAAAUUGUGGAGGAAAGCCUGUGUCUAAUGAAUAUACUUUAAAAAUGGAGUCAAUGCAACACACACCACAUACAGAUUACAGAGUACAAAAGCAUGACUGUAUCAGUUCUAGUAACCAGGCAUCAAACUCUAAUAUGAAUCCACAGCACAACUAUGACAUGGUUAAUAAUAUGGAGGUGGAAGGCAAAGUCUUUUUGGAAAACAGAGAACCAACUAAAACACAAAGGAAUGAAUAUAAUGAAUUACCGCUUCACACAAGGGAAUCGUCGGAAGAAUUGGUAGAGAAUACAGAAGGUCUUCAUUUCUCCUCAAGUGACAUAAAUCCCUUUGUCCACACUUGGCAGCAAGAAAAGACUACAAAAGUACCUGGAUGGAGGAGUAGUGCAUUCAAUAGCGCUAGUGAUGUAUCUUGUACUAAAUUCCAAGCAAGGGUUGAUAAAUUAAUUAGGUGCUCCAGUGCUGAUGAUGGUCUCAAUGCUCAUAAUUCUCCUUUUCAUUCUCACCUAAGCUCAUACGCAAAUGCUAAAACAGAAUCCAGCACCAUAAGUAGCUUUGGAGGAAAUGAUUCCAGGCUAAUUUCACUGGAUGGUUCUCAGGAUCUUCUGUCAGAUGACACUGCCGCUAUUUGUAGUGGCGCAGAGUUUAUUGGGACAUGUGAGUUGCAGACAAAGUGUGAAGAUUAUUCAAAUUUGGAUGAAAUAAUGAUUCUGUACACUUCAGAGUCAGAGACUUGCAAUGAAACACACCAGAGAGUCUCUUGUGAACGGGAAACACAGAUUAAACAAAAGCACAGAAGAGCCGCUAAACACCACAGAAGUCACAUGGAUGAAUCCUCUUCAAGGCACAUGAGGAGUAAGAAUAUGUACCAGAGACCAGCAUCUUGGUCAAGUGUGCAAAACAUGUCUUUACAUUUAUCACAGCUGUUGCAAGAGACUUCGGAACUGCUUGGAAAUCUUUCCCAACAUCACCCCGAAAAUGUCUAUCUUGACGCCUCCAAGCUGCAAAAAGACGCUGUAGAGUUGAUUAUGAAGAGACAAGUCAGAGACUCAUCCACUCAAACCUCUGUAGACAGAGGUAUACAGACAGAUUCACAAGCAACGAUAGACAGCAAUGCACAAAAGCAUGACUUAGAAAGUAACCAUUUCCUAAACGCUUCCGGAAUAAAUGUCUUUGUUAAAGUAGUGGGAACAGAUUCUUCCACUCAAAGUCCUCAAAAUACUUCUUUAACAGUAGAACAAAAUGACUGCAAAACACCAAAAACAAAGACACAGAGCUUACCAAAUCUACACACAUUUGUGUCUUGCAAACAAUCAGAACAUAGUUUGUCUCAAUCAUCAAAAGUACGAGCAUCCACUCCAUACUUGAAUGAUUUGCAAGACAUGUCAUCUACAGCUCUUCCACUGCGUUCACCAAGAAGUUCUCCAGCUUCAUCCAGUGUGAAUAAGCAUACAGAAGCUUUAUCGCAUACUGUAGUAAUCAGUCCAUCAUCCAGUGUUCUUCAUUCCCCAAGAUACUACACCACUUGUCGUGGAAACACCACAAUGGUCGAUAGAGCCUCAUCGCCAAUUCUAACACUAAGUGCAAGUAAGAAGUCCUCACUCCAUAAAUAUGUUCCUGAGAAUCAAUUAAAUAACCCAAAUCUUGUUAAAAUUCUUUGUCAUAGAAAAAGGAGAGAGCGGGGUAUCCGUGAUCCACUAAUGGACGAGUCACAUACAGAAACAGACAGCGAAUGUUUCAGUUCUUUUGGGAAGUCCAAUAUAAAAAAUGAAUUUGAAGCUCCCCGUAGCCACUCACUCAAAGAAUCGUGUAGAAAAAGAACUACAACUUAUAAAGUCCAGAAAUUCAGGAGUGAAGGUUGCAUCCUGCGUGAUACACAUUCAACAUUUAACAACCAUUCCAGUAGCAACUCAGAGAUUUCAGGUGUUGGAAAAAUGGAGCUGAACUGUUUCACUUCCACUCCAUCUGAAAAGGCAUCUGCUAACACGUUUACUGUGUUGCCUCCAUUGGACAGCCCACAGUCACUUGAAAACCUGUUUCAAAUGUCACAUCCUGUGCCAAACAAAAAUGAUCAAGCCUUGCCACAAGGUCCAAGAGAAGAAUAUGGCAAUGAUGAGACUGACCAUGGCAGAUUUACUGUAGCAUCAAGCAACUUACAAAAAAUAAAUCCUUAUUUACCUUUGCAAAUAAGUGGUUUUGAUUUGCAAGAAGAUGGCUUAUCGGUUGCAGACAGUGACUCUAAUACAGACAUUCUUUUAGGUCAAGAGCCCACCGUCAGAAUAAAUCAGAAACCACAAAAUUAUGCACUGCAGGAUCUGCCACAGCACAAUAAAUUCAGCAACUGGUCUGGAGUUCAGUGUAGUACACCCAAAAGUGCACAACUGUUAGGAAGCACUGGUGACCUGAAUAGAAGUGAGAGUUCCAAGAUGGAGGCAUCUCAGGAGGUUUUUGAGAGCAGAUCUCGGGAGAUUGAGAGGCUGCAGAGAGAACGUGCAGAGGUCAUGUCCGGGAUACACUUAGAGAUGAAUCCACAGCCUCUAACUGUACAACUGGCGGAAGCCAAGCUCAGCUAUGGGAUUGGAGAAACGGACGCUCUCCUGAGAGUUAUUCAGACAAGAAAGAUGGAUGGGGAAGAUACUGGAUGCUUAAAGAAACAACUAUAUGAAAGACACUUGCAAGUAAUAGAAAAUUUGCGCAAGGAAAGAGAAGACAGAAUGCAGAGGUUCAGAAGGAGCCGCAGCCUAAGUCCUCAGAAGCAACUGAGCGUCUCGCAAGCGUCACUGACCUCACUGAGAGAGUCAGACUUGCCUAGUCGUCGCAGAGAGUACCUGCAGCAGCUGAGGAAAGACAUUGUAGAUAACACCAGAAUUCAAGAACCAAAGAAAAGGUCAGCCCAGUGUCCCUCGGAGAUUGGCAUCAUGCUGAAAGAUUAUCAGAAGGCUCGGGAAGAGACCAAACUGGAAAUUGCCAGAGCGAGGGACAAGCUGCGAGAGAGGGCGGAGCUGGAAAAGAGACGACUGCAGCAGAGCAAUCUUCUAAAGGAUACUAAACGGAAGACACUUGCAAGCACCAGCACUUUAUUCACCAGUUCCAGCCUCAGCCUGUCCUCGGGACCCACAUCAGGGUAUAAUAGUGGAAUGACCGCUACGCUUGGCCAGAGCAGCAAGUUGGGCAUCCAGGAGGCAGAUACCUUGCAAAGAAAUUUGGAUCCGCAUCCGAGACCUGGAAGAGGUCGUCCUACAGUGCGGAACUGUCAGCUUCCUGCAGCUUCCCAGAUUGCUCCUGUGUCUGGACCCACAAACAUAAGCCAUUCCCCUGAGGAAAGCUCAACAGGCAAAGCAGGUCUUUCCUCUCUCCCACACGUUUCCCUUCUCCAGUCUACACCAAUGUCAUAUCAGGGCCUGGCCACCAAGAUCCAAGCCAGUGCAAUGGCUGAGGUAAUGGCAGCUUGCUCCUACAACCUAAAUAAUCUCUAUAAUCACCAGGCGGAGGCUGGCUGGAUGUAUCAGAGUACAGAGAAGGAUGUAUUGGUGUAUUAUAAGUCCUACUCGUUACCCACACAACAUGGAUUUAUUGGUGCUGGAGUUAUUAAGAGGCCUCUGCACGAUGUCUGGUGUAUGGUGAGAGACAUUAAUACAAGGCAACUGUAUGACCAGUCCAUCCUCACGUGCUCUGUACAUCAGCGACUGAGUGGCAAUAUUCAGCUGGUCCAUGUGAUGAUGGAUAUGUCACUUUGUUACCUAAAGCAACCCAGAGAUUUCUGUUGCAUCACUGUGGAAUCAAAAGAGGAGAAGUGUUACAGCCUAUCCUUCCAGUCCGUGUAUAACGAGUCCAUGCCACGUCCUAAUAAAGACACUGUACGGGGUGAACUCCUGCCCAGUGCCUGGAUCCUACAGUCUGAUCUGAUCGGUGGAGAAGCAGUGACCAGAGUCAUUUACAUGGUGCAGGUUGACCUCGGAGCUCCAGCUAUCCCUUCCAGGCUACUGAGAGUGGUUAGCAAACGUCAGCCCCUGGUGAUUGCAAGCCUGGCCAGUUUUCUUUCUAGGUAACCUUGCACAGUGCUGGAUGCGCCUAGUGAUCUGCAGUACAAGAAUUGUAACGCUAGUAUCACUUGCCCUGUCAGGGCUAUGUCAGUCACAUUGCACAUUAAGUCAGGGUUUGGCAGCUACAGUAUGUGUUCCACUCUUACAAGACAAUCAACACAUUAUAGGUUUUUUUCUGUUAAUGCACAAAUUAGGUUUUACAAAAACAAACUUAUUUUGCACAAUUUAGGAAAAUCGGCGCAUGCUGGUCUGCACGGCCAAUCACUGAAGACAAUGGCAAUUUGUCAGCAUGUACAUCCUGGAUAUUUAUAGCAAAACUAAACGUGGAGAGAGAUGAUGCAGAAAUGUGCCACUUCAUUUACCGCUACAAUAAAAAGGUUUAGGAUAAGUCACAACUAAUCUACAAAAGUCUAUUAUAGCAUGCAUUUCUAAACUGUUAUGCUCUGUAUCAUAAUGUAAUCCUAUGUACAGUCACUUGUUUCCCUUAUGGAUAAGAUACAAUUCAUGGACAGUUACAACCUUGCUGUACAACAGCGGCUUACAUUAAAGCAUGAAAUUACAGUUUAAUAAUCAGUAAAACAAAAAGAUUGAUAAAUGUAUAAGUCUUUCACAAGAUAUCCUAGAACCUUCCUUCUAGGAGUGCACAAAAUUGGUGCAUGAAGUGAACAGAUGCAUGUCUGUAAUAAAUGUAUAGCAUAAACAGUGCUAGUAAACGUGUCCCAAUAAGUGAAAUUUAGACGUCAACGCACAACUCAGCUACUGCGUAGCACAAAUAAUUCUGCACGCAGGUCAGAAAAUGGACACCAGCAAAACGGUGCCGCAAUGGGGCCUGGGUUCCAAGCCCGGUGGAGAUAGAGAGUGGCCAUAUAUGGGCCUGUCUAGCAAACCAUAAGAUAAUAACUACGUUGCAUGAUUAACCACUUACCCCCAAAAAAAAUCAAACAACCGUACAUCGCACAUGCAUUUUAGGAAGCAAUUGAACAUUUCCAUUUACGUCAUAGUUUCUCUUUCUAGUUUUACAUUACAAAUGGAAAUUAUCUGAUCACAGAAUCAGAAUGUGUUAUGUAUAAUACUAAGGAGGGUAUUUAUCAAAUCACGGAGAUAAAGCAUUUUCAUUCUACAGGCUGUUGGGAAAAAAGAGUGGUUAUUGAUUUGUCUCUCUCCAGGUUAUGAAAAAAAGCCUCUUACACCCCUCGUGUGUCCUUUGCCGAAGCAUCAAACUAUUUCCAUUUCCAUUCUUGUCUGGAAAUGUAAAAUGGAAGAUAACUACAAAUAUUUAUAAAUGCCAAAUUAAAAGUGACUGUUCAUAGUGGGUGUACUGAUGUACUGAGCCUUUACUUGUAUGCUCAGAAUACAGACCCCUCAUUCUCACUAGGCAGUAUAUAUAUAUAUAUAUAUAUAUAUAUAUCCUGGCACAAAAUAACGUUUUCCGUCAGACCAGGAUAAUUGUGAGGGUCAAGACGGAAUAUUGUGCACAUGCUGUUUGGGAGAGACGUCAUCUAGGGUAUAGCAUUUGUCCUCUAACAUGGAGCUGCAAAAGUGAUAUCCACCAAUAGCAACCGCAAAGUACAUUGAUAGCAUGAAGCUACAACCAGAAUUCAUUCAGUCAGCUGAGUCUUAAAACUGUACAAUGCUAGAACACUACGUCUGCUGCACAAAAGUCAUCCAGUAUCUAAACAGAAUUGGUUUAAAUUCAUACACGAGUUUUGUUGCUGGUCUAGAACAUCCACCGUCAGUAUGUGUACGGAACAGGGGCCCUUUAAGCUUGGAUCUGUUUUUCAGUAUUGUACAACACAACUGUAUUAUUAAAUUAUACAACGAAUAACUUGACAUGUGGAUACUUAUGAUAAACCUUUCACUGUACAGAAAAUUCUAUUUUUAUAAAAAUGUAUACAGUUUUAUAUGUUUACAAUCUAAAUUAUUUAUAUACAAAGUAUAUGCUUGCCUUGAAUCUACAUUUGUUAUCUAUCCAUGUAUCAAGAGAAAAU